AUGUCGAAUUGCAUCAUCCAGUUUGAGUUUGUAACGCAUGCUCACUCACGUCCUCUUGCAGACGCUUUGAAGGCGCCUCGCUGCGUGUCAGGGCCCCGCACUGCAUUCGCAUGGGCGGAGAAGCAGCAGCAGCAGCAGCAGCAGCAGCAGCAGCAGCAGCAGCAGCAGCAGCAGCAGCAGCAGCAGCAGCAGCAGCAGCAGCAGCAGCAAUCACAGCAGCAUUCGAAGGAUGAGAAGCAGAUGGUGCAACAUGAGGCGAUGCCAACGGCAGCGGAGAGGAGGCAACAGAGGGACCUGACAUCGCGUGCCGUCGCUCCCCUUGGGGCUCUUUCAGGUCACAUUCCCCACUCUGGCUAUCCCACCCCCCUCCCUCCUUUCCCCCUACGCUGGUUUGCAUUUCCCUUCCCCGCCUGCCUCCCACGCAUGCCCUUUCCCCUUCUGCCAGGGUUGAAACCCAGGCUUGCCUCCCUCCAUCUCGAUCUCCGCCAGGCUGGCCUAAACCCGCGUCCCUCCCCACACUGGCUAUCCUUUCACCUACUCCCUCUCCACCCAGGCUUGCCUAUCCCCUUCUUCCUCCCCACCCUGGCUCGCCUUUCCUCUUCUCCCUCUCCACCCAGGCUUGCCUUUCCCCUUCUCCCUCCUCAACCCUGGCUAUCCCUUCCCCUUCUCCCUCCACCCCCCCCUUGCUCGCCUUUCUCCUUCUUCCUCCCCAACCCUGGCUAUCCUUUCACCUACUCCCUCUCCACCCAGGCAUGCCUAUCCCCUUCUCCCUCCCCAACCCUUGCUAACCCUUCCCUUUCUCCCUCCUCACCCUUGCUCGCCUUUCCCCUUCACCCUCCCCAACCCUGGCUAUCCCUUCCCCAUCUCCCUCCCACCCCUGGCUAUCCUUACCCGGCUAUCCUUACCCCUUCUCCUCCCCCAACCCUGGCUAUCCAGUCCCCUUCUGCCUCCCACAUGGCCUUGGUGACCUAUGCUUUCCUCCCCCUACUCCCUUGCCACCCAGGCUUGCCUAUCCCCUUCUUCCUCCCCACCCUGGGUAGCCUUUCCCCUACUCCCUCGCCACCCAGGCUUGCCUAUCCCCUUCUCCCUCCCCAACCCUUUAUGCCUCACCCACACUGGCUGUACGCACUCACAUGUACUGUUGCCAUCCUCGUGCCAGCGUUGGUUAACGUGUGUGCAAACACACGCAUGUCUUCCGGCAUCGCCCGCAUGAAGGUGUGCCACAAUCCCUCCCCCCUCCCUCCGCCUCUAGUGUCCACAGGAACCACCAUGCGCUGCGACGUCUUCAGCACGCAUGGCUCUUCGCAUAUCGUCAGCAACGGUGAUAGCUGCAUGGAUUUGACGCCGGUUAGAGCUGCGGUACGGCCUCUUAACAAGUGA